AUGACGCGAUCAAGGGCGACAGUGCGGUACGGCAAACGCCCGACGAGGGCAAAAGCUGAGCGCAUGUUCGCCGAGCUGCCGCAGAGCCCGGUCCGGAAGCCACCGAUUUCAGACGCCCAUUGCACAGUGGAUUCAAUUGCCGACCAGCUGUCAGUGGUUCGAAUCGAAGGAGGGAAUGUCGCUCCGCGCAAACCUCCCGCAAAAAGCAUAAGACGCCCGCUUGUCGCUGGCGAUGCGGAAACCUCAUCAGGCGAGUCGGAAGAGCUGCUGGCCGGCUCGAGCCAAGACGCGUCGACCGAAAGCUACCGAGACACGGCGUCUCCUGGCAGCGGGCCGGAAGGGGUAGCUCCCGAAGGGGCCGACUCCUGGGAGGAUUCACUCUGCGACACGUCUCUGCGCGUCCUGAGCUGGGAGGACGUGUGCCCGCCGGGCGAUGUCAUUGAGAAAAUUGCGGAAGCCUCGUACGCCGAGGUGUACCGCGUCACGAAUGAGCGAGGGACCAGUGUGAUUAAGGUCAUACGCCUGCGCUCGCCAAUAAAGCCUCAGACGAAAGCGCAGGUGCGGUCAAAGCUGGUGGACGAGGAGCCGCACUCCGAGGAAGACGUCCAAGGCGAGCUGCGCAUCUCGGAAUGGCUGGCCGACAUUCCGGGAUUCGUCGUCUACAAGGAGAGGUACAUUGUUCAGGGAAAGACGUCGAGAGCCUUGCUGGAGACGCACCAAGUUUUCCAGCGACGGCUGAAGAGAAAAGAUCCGGGCCGGGCACAAUUCUAUCCGUCGCCGAGCCGGUACCUGCAAGAGACUAGAUUUCUGGUCGUUGAGCUGGGCGAUGCCGGUGUUGCUUUGGAGGAUUGGAGCCUGACGGGUGAAAGCCAGCUAUGGGACAUUUUCCUGCUCGAAGCGAUCGCUCUGGCAAGAGCAGAACGGAUUGCCAUGUUUGAGCACCGUGAUCUCCACGAAGGAAACAUAUGCAUCAAGCAAGUGCGGCAGCCUACGGAAAGAAGCAAGGGUUGCCAAGGAUACUUUGGGUACUCGGGUCUCGACAUCACCAUUCUAGAUUACGGACUGUCACGGGCUGAGGACCUGUCGGUUGAUUUCGCCACACCGGUUGCGUACGAUCUCGAGCGGGAUCUGAGCCUCUUCACCAGCACCCACGCGCCGCAGUGCAAGGUAUACCGCCAGAUGCGCUCGUACCUGCUCCGGGCCGAUCGCAAAUGCCUGCCGCCAGAAGCACACAAGACUCGCCACGCCAAGGGCAUAGACGGCCCGCUUUGCUGGGACGUGUACGCGCCGUACACCAACGUCUUGUGGCUCGCCUACCUCUACGACUACCUGGUGCGCCACUUUGAGGGCGACGCAAAGGCCUUGGCUCGCUUCAGACGGUGCACGGCAGACAUGUGGACGUACCUGAACCCGGACGCAGACGACAGUGUCCCGUGCUUUGGAUCGGCCGAGGACAUUGUGUGCUUCGCCGCGGAGGCGGGGUGGAUCCGCGAGGAGCAGCUUUACGGAUCUGACGCUUCGAUGGUUGAGAGGGAAGAUAGCAUCAUCCUCUCGAGGGGCGGGGGUGACGCCGGCGGGAGCCAUGGCAGACGGUCAUCGAGACGUGUCUGA